GGAAUUGGGGAGAGAUUCUGCCUCUGAUGGUAAUUAUGCUAAUUCUGGGACGUGUUGGCAGUGAGGGACACCUCUGCCGAGCUCUCCCAGGAGCCAGGCUGGGAGGGUGACAGCCAGCCCACGGAGGGGUACGGUGUGCUCGAUGGGACUCCUAGCUGUGCCACGGGGUGCCGUCACCCACGCUGCCAGACUGUUUGUCCCAGAAAGAGAACAGGUGAGGACGAGUCCUCUGGGAACAGGGAGGACGGGAGCAAAGCGUGGCCAUUGUGGACGUCAGGCUUCCUCUUUGACGCUGUUCCCGCUCAGCAAGGAUCGUGUGUGUCCCGCAGGUGCCCAGCCCCAUGCUGCACGGGAGGGAGGGAAGGAAGGAUGCAAACACAGCAUCUGCCCUGGUGUGAGGGCUGAGGUGCACAGGGUUAACGUCCCUUGGACACGGUAUGAAAAACGGUUGGGAAAGGGGAGAGAGAUCCUGCCUGAGAGAAAAACUUGGCGUUCACAGAAUGCAAAUGACAGGCUGAGAGAUGGGCCUGUGGUGUUUCCAGGGCUGCCCAACUCUGCCACUGGCUCCCUUUCAGGCCCUGCUAGCUGACUAGGGGGCCGGAGGAGAUGGGCACAGGGGACCCUGCCCUUCCUGGUGAGCGUGCAAGGCCGCCUCGCGCCGGCCUGGGCUGUGCUGACGCACUGGGCCCCCCCACCUCCCGCCCAGCUCGGCAGCAGCACCAGCCCCUGUGUUGUCAGAGGCUAGGUGUCCUCACAUCUGCUUCACCUGCUCUCCCUGGAGAGCCUAGUUCCAGGCCUCGUGCCCAGCCCUGGCCUGAGGCUUGGGAUAGGGUAGGACCUGGCACCCUGUCUGGUAUUUGGGCCAGGAUCUUUCAAUCCAAGAAAGAGGGGACUUGCUGAAGGUGAGCAGGGAGAAGGCCCUCGGGUGGGAAGCUCUGGGCUCUGGACCCGUGCCCACAGCGACAUCCACGUGGAGGCAAGUUGGGCCGACCGAAGGGGAACCCGCGAACCCCCUGAGGGUGUAGGGAGAGGGCCUUGCCACGCUCCUCAGCUGUGGGCGGGCCAUGAGUAGCCACAGCGGCCGCCACCUUGCCGGAAACAUCUAAUUAGGGGACAGAGAGCAGUACAAGCAGGGCCCAACCAGUUCUGCUUCCUGCCACUCGGUGACACCCAGUGAUAGGAGCGGCACGCGGGCGAGCACUCCCUGUGCGUGCGGCAGCGGCAGGGACACGCUCCGGGGGUGGCAGGAAGACAGGUUUGGCGGGGUGGAUUGGAUGAGGCAAACGUCUCCACCCUGGCGGCCUCGCCUGCCCCUCGCUCGGGGUAGAAGCGGCACAGAGGCAGGCCGGGCAGGCCCACUCCCUGUGUCCGGUCCCUGAGCACCGUCAUUUCGGGGUUUCUGUGGAAUGGGAGAGGAAGGCACAGGAAACAGGUCUCCCCCUAAACCGGCUUAGAUCUUCAGACCCCUCGACAUGUACCCCCCCUCCAGUGGAGCAAGGGAGCCAAGGUCAGCCUGGGCUUCUGCCCACCGCAGCCCUACCGGGAGCCCGAGCCAUCGGUGGCCGAACCUCCUUCUUGCCCCCUGGCUUUGGACAUGAGCCUUCGGGACUCCAGCUAUAGUGUGACCCCCGGGCCCUGCGUGGUGGCCCAGCUGCCCUCCGAAGACAUGAGCCGCCUGGCAGACCCACAGAGCAGAGACCACGGCUUCCUGCGCAGCAAGAUGAAGGUGACCCUGGGGGACAGUCCCAGUGGAGACCUCUUCACCUGCCACAUCUGCCAGAAGGCCUUCACCUACCAGCGCAUGCUGAACCGCCACAUGAAGUGUCACAAUGACGUCAAGCGGCACCUCUGCACCUACUGUGGGAAGGGCUUCAACGACACCUUCGACCUGAAGAGACAUGUGCGCACCCACACUGGCGUGCGGCCCUACAAGUGCAGCCUGUGUGACAAGGCCUUCACGCAGCGCUGCUCUCUCGAGUCUCAUCUCAAGAAGAUCCACGGCGUGCAGCAGAAGUACGCGUACAAGGAGCGGCGGGCCAAGCUCUACGUGUGCGAGGAGUGCGGCUGCACGUCCGAGAGCCAGGAGGGCCACGUCCUGCACCUGAAGGAGCACCACCCCGACAGCCCGCUGCUGCGCAAGACCUCCAAGAAGGUGGCCGUGGCCCUGCAGAACACCGUCACCUCCCUGCUGCAGAGCAACCACCACCUCUGAGCGGCGUUGCCCUGGCCUGGGCAGCCCCGACAGGGCGAGGGCUGCCUCCCUGCCGCCUGGCCAGCCCGCCCCCUGCGGCCUCCUGCCGGAACACCGGUGACCAGGCCUGGAGCCCCCAGACACGCGUGCUCGCUCAGGCGGGCACUGACCUCUGCUCGUAUUGGCAUCAGUGUCUUUUGGGCAGAGGCUGCUCUGAGCCUGGGCAGACGUGUGUUAAGCGUGGGGCAGGGCGAGGCCAGGGCUGCCUUUGAUUUGAAGCAGUUCGAGUCCCAGGACAGCAUGUUCUUCCCCGAGGAGGCACAUGAGGGCGACCCUGUUGUCCUCUGCCUCUGGACACCGGGGCGGGGCUGCUGUUCCCCCGUGGACGGCAGCGUCAGGCGCCCUGGCAAAGGGCACCCCUGCAAACAACAGCAGUGGAGGAGCUGGCAGCGGCCCGCCCGGCCGUGUUUCUCGCGCUCAGGGCUACAGGGGCUCCGCUCUUUGACAGGGAGAUGCACGCAGGAGGCCUUGCCACGUAUCACCUCAGUUUUAAGAAAUCAACUACAAGGUGCCAAGGAGGUUUUAUUUCGUUUUUUAAAAGAUGACAAAUGUACAGAUAUUAAUAUAUUUUUGAUGCCGACGGCGACUAGUUUUAAGAGAGGAUGGAGCUGGCUUUUCUCCUCCCCGCGCAGUUCUAUUUAUCCUGGACAUUUCACACCUCCUCUGUGCCUUGGCUCUGGGGUGGCUGCCCUGACCCACCCCCACCCUUCGCACCUCCUGAAAUAUUUAACUGAAGACUUUCCUCCAGCCCUGCCUGGAGGAGGAUACGCUGCGCCCCACUCUCCCCCUUCUGCCAAGACAGCCCGUCACAUCUCCUGCUCUUCCCUCCCCAUGACUCUGCCUCCCGCCCACAUCCUUUCAAGGCAAGUCUCAGGGUGACCGAGAGCCUCCUGGUCUCCUGGUAACAGACAUUUUGCGAAACAACUCACCAUUCCGGAGGUCCAGGGUUUGUCCGGCUGCAGCCGCAGGGGUAAGCCAGGUGGGGUGAUGAGUCUGUGAUGCACCCAGAGUCCUCUGCCCGGAGUAACAAGAAGCGUGCAGGGCCAGGCUGCGAGGCCUGCUCUUUUCCUGGUUGAGUCAAAAACCUAGGUCAGGAGCAAAAAAUUGGGGCAGAAUGAUAACCAGACACGUCAGAAACUUCUAGAGGGAGCAUAGUAUUAGAUGGUUAAAGAGUUAUAUUUGUAACCUUUUUUCUGACCCCCCUGGGCGGGUUGGCUCCAUCUGAGGGACUCGGCCAGGCUGCCUCGGCUUGGCUGGGUUUCCCCACUAAGAACAGGAAAGGGGUGUGGGUCCAAAGGGAGAGAUGGGCAGGAGUUGGAGCCAGCCUGCUGAAGAAUGAGAAGGCCAACUAGGCAGAGAACACAGAACAGAGCAGGUGGAGCAGCCCCGUGAAGCCAAAGCCCAGGCAGAACCAGCCUUGGCCUCUCCUGCCAGCAUCUGCACGGCCUCAGGACGCAGGCAAGGAGGCUUCUCCGACCGCCCUCUGAAUGUGUGUGGAUUGUUUUGGAAGACUCUUGUUUUAUUUUAUUUUGGAGUCUUUGGGAGCUGCUGUCUUCUGGAAGUUGUAUAGUAUAAAAUAACAUUCUCUGGAAGCCCUGUCUCGUUUACAUUUCUGUACCUCUGUGUUCAUUGCCUGUUCAUUGUUCACCUCUGUGUUCACUGCCUAUCUGAGGAAGUUCACAGCCUAUCUGUGUUGUCUGUUUUAUUUUAUAACUUUCCCCUUAACUAUCAAAAUAAAAGAACCGGCAUUUUCUGUG